UGGCUUCUUUCUGGAGCGUCGGGAGUGCAGAUGGCGGGAGCCGGGCGCAGAGGGGCUACCCCGGUGGGGUCGGCGGGGCCUGGAGGUCCGAGGCGGCCGCAGGGGAGACGGCAGCAGCUGCCGGGGAAGCAGCACUCAGCGCCGUGGCCGGGUCCGCGCAGCAAAGAGAAAAAGAAAGUAAAUUGCAAGCCCAAGGACCAGGACGAACAAGAAAUCCCUUUUCGGCUCCGUGAAAUAAUGAGGAGCCGCCAGGAGAUGAAAAAUCCCAUCAGUAACAAGAAAAGAAAGAAAGAAGCCCAGGCAGUCUUCAGAAAGACGUUGGAGAAGGAAGCAAAGGGAGUGGAGCCGGACAUCGCUGUCCCCAAGUUCAAGCAGAGGAAGUGGGAGUCUGACGGGGCCUACAUCCAGCGUAUGGAGCAGGAGGCCCAGCACGUGCUCUUCCUCAGCAAGAACCAGGUGGCCCGGCAGCCUGAGGUGCAGGUGGCUCCCAAGAAGGAGAAAUCGGAGAGGAAGAAAGCCUUCCAGAAACGGCGACUGGACAGAGUCCGGCAGAGAAGGGAGGAAAAGGCCGCAGAGAGGCUGGAGCAGGAGCUGCUCCGAGACACGGUGCAGUUCGGCGAGGUCGCCCUGCAGCCCCCGGAGCUGACCGCCCAGCCCAGGACGAGCACGAGCAGGGGCCAGCCUGGGAAGAAAUCGCUGAUGCUGAGCGUGCUUUUGAGCCCCGGUGGUGUGCGCCAGCCUCCGACCACGUCGCUGGCCCGACAGCGGAUCGUUGGGGAGGAGCGAGAGCGGGCCGUGCAGGCCUAUAGGGCGCUCAAGCAGCGGCAGCGGCAGCAGCAGGUGGCUCAGUCACCACGGCCACCACAUUCGACGCGCCCUGCUUCCAGGAGGAAGGCAGAGACGUGUCUGUGACGGCGAGACCGCGGCCUCCACGGAUGGGUAGAUGGCCUGUGGACAAGUGUCCUUCCCCCCUGGCACAUACUGGGACUCCCAGGUGCCCCUGCGCCAGCUCUCGAGUGCAGACCGGGGUUCCAGGUCUUUGCUCUGUUUUUCCAGCCCUAAGAGGGCUCUUUUGUGACUGUCCGCUUGGCCAUCUCCCACAGGACACCAUCUGUCCCAAGUCCCCGUGGACAGGCCAGCACCUGUUCGGGACACAGCCAGUCGGGUACCCCUGGCAUUAUUUCCCUGAACCCGAAAUCCUGUCCUUAUACACCCAUUAAUUGUGGACACUGCAGACUUGGCCAGCCAAACCGACACCUCAGGCCCCGUUGGGUUCAACAGCACCGCACAGACCAGGUGGGAGUGGGCUCAGCGCCUCGGCCACUGGCCCUGCUCCUGGCACCUUGUCCCUGAUGCCAUACCCCACACUGAGCCGGUUCGAGGAGGUUUGUGCCUUGUGUUCUCCGGGUCUCUGGGGAGAGACGAGCAGCCUGACGGCAAGGACAGGACCCUGGCCCCACGACUUUCUUGUGUUAAAAAGGCUGCAGGAGAAUUCCUGUUGAAGGAGGGACCCUACAGACGUUCUCAGUGGUUCUCAGUGCGCUUGGCUGCAGGACUGGGGGUGUGGGGUGGAAAGACUCUAGGGCUCCUGGAGGUCGGAGUUCAAAUAUUUAGGGGAGGAGUCCUGCUCACAUCCCUGCAAGGGCACCUGACUUCCCUCGGGCUCACCGCCCAGGCGCCUCUGGCUGGCAGACCUGGGUCAGGACAGCUCCGGAGGCGUGGUCUCCGCCUUGGCCCAGGCGGCCCUGCACAGCGGGGAGCAUGCUUCCGUGGGGUCCUUCUUUGCCCUUCCUUAAGUUUGCAUCCUUUAUGAUUAUUUUCAAGUCAAGAACUUUAGCGUUGAAGCCGUAUUUGAGAUCAGGGCUGUUACCUUCUCAGCAGUGUUUGUGUGGGGUGAGCAGGGGUGCCCCCAGAUUACGGGGUGGGCGGGGGCAAGCCCAGACGUGAGCACCGUCCCUGAGAAACGCCCGUCCCUGGACUCUUCGUCAAGCAGAGCACAAAAGCAGGAAGGUGGAAACAGGUUGUGGUGGAAGGAAAUUUGCCUUUCAAAACCAAGUUCACACGCCAGCUUUCCUCAGGCCUGUCAGUGUCCCCAGCUUGCCCCCGGCUGGCUUUGCCAUGAGAGAUCACCAGGCCCAAAUCCCAGACGUGGACCCCAAGCUGGAGGCCACCCCUCAGAGAUGGUGCCCAGACGGGGGUCACCCCUAGAGACUGAAUAGUCUCCUGAGCGCCCGGAGUUCUCUGAAGGUGGGGGGUGGAGGGAGACCCCGUUCGCCCUGCAGGCCGAGGUGUCCGUGACAUCUAGGACUCCAUCCACGGGAUGGAGACCACCUGCGCCUACCAAGAGGAGAGCUGGGGGGGCCGUCAUUUCCGUGGGGGUGGGGAAAGACGGGAGCCUAAGUUGCAAGAGCCUUUCUGAGGCGUCAUUUCCAGCCCUGGAGCGAGCACGGCCACAGCAGGGCCAGCGGGAAGCCGUGAGCAGGCAGAGGCUCGGCCUGGUGUCCUGCACGCAGGAGUGAGACGGCAGGUGCCGGGCGCGCCUUCACGGCCCUGCCAGCCAGCCGAGGUGGAGGAAGGCAUUUGGAGAAAACUCACAACCGCGCCCAGGAGUAGAGGUGUCUUAGUCAGCUGCUGUGGGCUGCGGGGAACCCCAGAAGAGGGGGCUCCCUGCUGCCCGGGGAGUGUGUAAAUGUGACCUUAUUUCAGAAAAGGGCCUUUCCACAUGUAAUUAUGGAUCUCAAGAAGAGAUCUUCCUGGACUCAGGGUGGGUCCUAAAUCCAAUGAUAGGUGUCCCCACAAGGAGCAACAGCCACAUGAAGACAGGCAGGCAUUUGAGUGAGUGACAAGCCAAGUUACAGCAAGAGUUACCAGCAGCCACUGGAAGCCAGAAGGGAGGCAAGGAACGCUCGCUCCCCCAGAGCCCAGCCCUGCCAUUUCAGCUCUGGCCUCGGGAACUGUCAGCGUGAGCUGCUGUCUUAAGCCACAAGUUUGUGAUCGUUUGUGAUGGGGCCUCCAGGAUGUGAACACCUGUCAGGAGGUGUCCCCCACGAGCCCCCUCAGCUGAGCACAGUGCCCGCUGUGCUCCAGCAGGGCCGCCCCCCAGGGGCCCUAUGCCCUCCUCAGGGUGACCAACAGUUACCGAACGAAUAAAAACACCAUUCUCGUUCUGA